CAGAAAUAUCCCAACGCCCUCAAGCCACGCAAAAUCCGGCAUACUAACACAAUUCCACCUUCACUGCUAAAAUCAUCUCACCCGAUCCGACUACUCCUCUCUCUUCGUUACUGCAACCACCAAUCCAACCUCCGCACCAGCAACAUGCGCUCCUCAAAGAUCCCCCAGCUCCUUCUUGCCCUCUGUUUCCUCCCCCUCGCCUUCUGCCUCACCAAGCGCACCGCCCUCGUCAAAAUUCAAAACAACACCCCCUACCCCAUAAGUGGCGUCGGCGUCUCUCACAAAUAUAGCGACGUCUACAAAAAUCAAUACGACUGGUCGAUCAUCCCACCCGGCACGCUUUCCACAGAGGCCAUGACGGUCGAGUAUAACACCGGCGCAUUCACUACGGGCCGUGACUGGUGGAUGGUGACGUACCACAGCGAACAAGCGUCCUCGGUGCGCCCAAACGAGCUCAAGAUGUGGUAUUCGGACCCGGAGAAUUUCCGCAGCAUCAUCGAUUUCCUUGAGAAGGCGGCGCCGGCGCUGAUCAAGACGGCUAUCAAUGCGGCGAAAGGGUCGAAUCCGCAGCUACUUCCUGCAGCCAAGGCAGCACAGAUUGCAUCAAAAGUAAUGUGUAAGCUCAUGUUCAAUAAUGAGUCGACGGCCGGGUUCAAGCAGCACAUUUUGAGGUCCGAGGAUGAAGGACGGGUAACGACGAUUGUUAUCAACGCCGACAAUACCAUUACUUUCAAAUCCAAAUCGGGCAACUCCAAUACGGUAACUUCUACCAAGUGGAUUUCAGCGGAACAUGCUUAGGUAUGUUGCAGAGCAUCUGUUGGGGAGUGGCCUUGGAAGGGUUAUGUAGAUACAUCGAAGUAGAUGAGACCGUAAGUGUUUACGGUUUAACAUAUUGUAUAUAGUAGUUAUUCCUAUACUCUUUUUCUCAUCAGUAGCAACAGUAUGUUAGAGAUUCGC